AUGGCGACAACUACCGAAGCUAGAGAACUGGAACUCGUUGGGAAAGUGGAAAUGCGGAUUGCGCUGGCGAAAGAUGAUAAACUUGAAGCUAUAUUGAAACCGUAUUUGCCACCGUUGCUUCUUAAACUUGCGAGUGAACAUCAGAGUGUUAGGAAUAAGGUCAUUUCAACAUGUCAACAUAUCAAAAUUCGCCUUGCUGGUAACAAGGACAUUGUAUUACCCGUGGCAGCUCUUUUAAAGCAAUAUAAAGAGCAUCCAGAAUCAUCAAUGUUACGGCAUUUUGAUCUCAUGUUCAUUCAACAAAGUGUGGGCAAACUAUCUUCCAAGGACCAAAUGGAUUUAAUUCCAACAUUAAUACAUGGGUUGGCUCAAGAUGCUGAGAAGCCAACUUGUGCUACUAUAUUUAAUCUAUUUCUUCGUCUCUUACCGCAACUCAAAGUACCUUCUCGUGGAAGUAAAGAAGAUACAGAAUUGAGGCACCAACUAGGUCUUGAUGAACACCAAGAAGAUUCAAAAUUUAUAGCAUCGUGGUUUGGAAAGCUUGUACUGCUAUCUAUUGUACGAGCAGCGCCAUCUGGAGUAACUUGCCCAGGACUUACCGUCAAAGAAUACGAAUUCUUAACACUCAACGGCAAACAAGAAGCAUGGGAUCCAACCUCAAGUGAAGGAUUGAAUCUCACCCAAACAAAAAUCACAGUCCUCAAUUUUCUUGCUUCUGGUGCUUUUACAGAUGAGGAGAGAUUCUUGCCUGCAUUGUUCGCGUCUGCUGACACCAACUCUCGUAUUUCGAGCAUUGGUGACGACCUAGUAAAGCGUUCAAGUGUUUCAUUGGAAGAUGCUGAAAUUGUACGCAAUUUGCUAGGCAUCUAUUUUAGUCUCAAACCCGCGCUAAAGACGAGGGUGCUUGUACUCUUAACGAAGUCCGCAAUUUCAACUACCUUUCCUACUGAUAUCGUCAAAAUUGUGCAAGAUGGAGUUCAACCUGAUGAUAACACAAAUCUCCCUGCACCAGGCUUAGAAACUAUUAAAUUUCGAAAUGCAUUGUUCAAUUACAUGAAUUGGGUAUCUCGCAUAGGAUCCAUUCACGAUCUCAGUCAAGUUGCACCACAGCUUGUCGGAUUCUUAAGGACUUAUAUUGAAGAUCAAGGAUGGCCAAUACCUCAUGAGAGAUCUUCCGACGCAACUUCUUUACGAGCUUUAGCUUAUGAAACUCUUGGCUCACUUGCGAAGACUACACCAUCCAUCGUUGUUGAAGAGGAUCUUUCUUUAAUUCGUUGGCUUUUUCGAUCACUCACAGAAGAAGGCUCAUCUGAUGAUAUCUUUGUGAGCAUAGAAGGAGCAUUAGCGAGUUUAUUGAGUGCGUUCAAAGCACCUUUAUCUUCAAAUCUUCGGGAUAAACUCAGAUUGUUACUCCUCAAAUAUAUGACACUCAAGGAAGAGGGCGAAAUCGUCAGAAGUGCUCGUUUUGCAACUGUUCGCUGGGCAAAUCGAUGCUUAGAGUAUAGCGAUAUCGUAGCUCGUUGGAUAGAUAUCCUUGCAUUAAGUGCACGCACAGAUGAGCGUAGUGAUGUUAUAGAAGAGGGAGCAAAAGGUCUGGAUCCAUAUUGGUAUCGACUUCUUAAUUCUACCAGUGCUUCUGUCGAAUGCCCACUUCCUGAAUGGAACGAGAUGAUUAAAGUCUUUUUCGGCACUCAAGCAUUAGUCGAGAACUCCAAUAUUGCCAAUGCCAUGAAAACUGGUAUGGAAGUCGACAGCGUGUCUGUAUUUGGAAAUUUCUCCGGUACAAGAAUUAAUGCUUUUCCAGCAGCUAUAAACUAUUGCAGGAGAAUAAUAUUGUUACGUGCUCUGGAAAAGACUGAAACGCCCCUUGGAAUCGACGCAGACUGGGAACGCCAACUAGAUGUACUGUUUCGCUCUGACAAAAUUUCAAGGAAAGCCAUGAAAGACCAUAUCAUGACUGUUGAUCAGGACGCGUUAUACACCUAUCUUUCAGCUGCUUUUGAAGGUAUGCUACGUAAUGAUGGAAAUGGAUUAGGAGAGUGUGGCAAAUGUUUUGUAGAAAUCGCUUCAAUUGCGCCAAAGGAUGUUAUUGGUCGACUGGCGGAGAGAUCUAUUGAACUUCUUCCGUGUAUUAGAUCCAAUAAUGUUGCAACCAGAUUCCUUGCAGCUCAAGCCAUUGGUAUCCUCGCAUCUCAUUCAGAUAGGGAUGAAGGUUCUCUCGAGAAACUAAUCGAGAUACUCAUGACUGAUGUACAACUCUGGUCAACGGCUGUGGGUGCUGAUGCAAAUAAAGUACACGGAUCGAUUCUUGCACUGGGCUAUGUGUUAAGUAGAUCAUCCUAUUACGGACGUAGUAGCUUUAUUCAAGGAGAGAUUGUAGGAGAAGUUCUCGCACAAUUCUUGACCAUAAUCGAAGGUGUAAAAGACGUAUCAACGAGAGAAGCUGUGCUGAACGCUGUUGGUCAGACAAGUGCAUCGGGAGUUUUGACAACAGAAAUUAUAGAGAAAUCGCCUCUCAAAAUCGACGGUCUUGUUAAACUUCUACUUGCUGAGGCCAAGAAAGCAAAUGAGAAGGCAAUGUCAACCCUGGGUCGCCUUUCCAUUAUAUUCGACGAGCCUGAUACUUCCACAGGAGAUAGUCCGCUCCAUACUAUCAUCAAAGGUCUCUAUGAUUUGUAUGAGUUGAAGCAACCUGAAAUUCAUUUCACUAUUGGUGAAGCUCUCAGUUGCGUUGGUGCUUGUUGGGACUCGGAGGUCUUACAAAUCAGUUUGGAUGUUGAUGCUGGAUAUACUGGACGUCCCAAACGAUCGCAUACUUUUGAGAAGAUUCUUGAAAAGCUUUUACAAGACUGUAAAACCACGAAGCCAUCACUCAAAAAGGCAUCUGGUAUCUGGCUUUUCUGUUUAAUUCAAUACAGUGGACAUUUGGAGCAAAUUCAAGCACGACUACGUGAGUGCCAAGCUGCAUUCAUGGGACUGCUUUCAGCACGUGAAGAAAUCGUACAAGAAACUGCUUCUCGGGGCUUAAGUCUUGUUUAUGAACAAGGUGAUAAAGAACUCAGAGAAAGACUUGUCAAGGAUCUUGUGGCAAGCUUUACUGGUACCAGCACUCAAAUUAAGGUUCAUGAAGAAACUGAAUUGUUUGAGCCUGGUGCACUUCCUACCGGCGAGGGCAAAUCCAUCACAUCAUACAAGGAUAUUGUUAGUCUUGCCAAUGAGGUUGGCGAUCAAAGUCUUGUGUACAAAUUUAUGUCUCUUGCUACAAAUGCGGCUACUUGGUCUACUAGAGCAGCAUUUGGUCGAUUUGGUUUAAGUAACAUUCUCUCCGAAUCUGAGAUUGAUCCCAAGUUAUACCCAAAAUUGUACCGAUAUCGAUUUGAUCCAAAUCCUAAUGUACAGCGGUCCAUGAAUGAUAUUUGGAGUGCACUCGUCAAAGACUCAAAUGCUACUGUUAAUCAAUAUUUUGACGAGAUCAUUACAGAUUUGUUGAAAAGUAUUUUAGGAAAAGAAUGGCGAACAAGAGAAGCAAGUUGUGCUGCCAUUGCUGAUUUAGUUCAAGGUAGAGAUUUCGAAAAGUAUGAAAAAUAUCUUCAUGAUAUUUGGCAUGUGGCUUUCAAAGUUCUGGAUGAUAUUAAGGGAUCCGUGAGAAAAGCAGCUUUGUCUCUUAGUAUGGCUCUUACUGGUAUACUUGUCCGACAAGUAGAGGCAGGUACAUCUUCGAAGCAUGCACAAGCAAUGUUGAAAGAUGUGUUGCCAUUUUUACUUUCAGAUCAAGGCCUCGAAAGUUCGGCCGAAGAAGUCCGAACAUUCGCAACCAUUACCGUACUCAAACUUAUCAAGAGUGGUGGUAAAGCACUUUUGCCAUUUGUACCCAAUCUCGUUGAGCGACUUUUGGGUCUUUUGAGUACUAUGGAAAUGGAAGGUGUUGACUAUCUAUACCUACGUGCCGCUCAUUACAAUCUCACCGAAGAGAAAAUUGAUAGUGCCCGCACAAAUGCUGUUACUCAAUCUCCCCUCAUGGAAGCUAUCGAGCGUUGCCUUGAUAUCAUCGACGAACCUACCAUGAAAGAAUUUAUUCCUCACCUCGAAAAUGUGAUCAAGACCACUGUCGGUAUGCCAUCUAAGGUUGGUUGCGGUGGUGUUCUUGUCAGUCUCGCAACUCGUCAUAGCGUCACCUUUCGCCCUCACGCCGACCACUUUCUUAAAAUCAUUGAGAAAUCUGUCCUUGAUCGCAAUAAUGCUGUCAGCGCGUCUUAUGCUCGUGCAGCUGGCUAUGUUUCUCGAUUGGCCUCUGAUAAAGCACUUCUUAGACUUCUCACUUAUUCUCAAGACCUUUAUUUCAGUGCCGAGGAUGAAACUCGCCGCCAAGUAUCGUCAGAUUUGAUUUAUGCUAUCUCCAAAUUCGCCACAGAUCAUUUCAACUCUUUGGCUUCCGAUUUCCUCCCUUUUGUCUUCUUUGCUAAGCAUGAUUUCGACGAUGCGACUAAGAAGCAAUUUGAGAAAACUUGGGAUGAAAAUGUAGGGGGAAGCAGAGCGGUCUUAUUAUAUACAAGAGAAAUCAACGAGUUAGUGCUCAAAUAUAUUGACUCUCCCAAAUGGACUAUCAAACAUACAGCCGCUCUAACUAUAGCCGAUGUUGUCAAAUCCACAACCUCCACCACAUCGCCGACGAUUCCUGCCGAAACAUCUGCUCUCAUUUGGCCUGCUCUCGAAAAAGCUCUUGCACUCAAAACUUUUGCCGGAAAGGAAAUUGUACUGGCUAGUUUUGUGAAAUUCGCAAAGGCAUCUACUGCAUUCCUAGAUGCCGAAUCCAGUAUCGCAGCUCAGACAAAGAAGAUUGCAAUCAGAGAAGCUAAACGUAAUAAUGACAUCUAUCGACCAUUCGCUUUUGCAGAACUAGGCAAAUAUGCAGAAACAAGAACAGAGGUAGAUAUGUGGGAUGAGAUCUAUAAUAUGAUCACACCUAUAUUAGAAGAUUUGAGUAGUGAAGAUCACAUGGAUACAAGUACAACUACUUCGACUUCUGAUUCUAGGAAGAAAGAUGGAGUUAGCAAGGGAGGAGAGUCCACGGAAUCGGAAACAAUAACUGCGGGUAUCGAAGCUUUGUUUCGAGGUAUCAAUAUUAAACAUCUCGAUCCAUCACCUCUUACUCAUCUUCCAAAGCUCAUCGAAACCCUUCCUCCCCUUCUCAAAUCACCUCUCAUGACAAUAACUACGCGCGCAACACUUUACGAACGUAUCAAAGUGUUGUUUGAUGGAUUGAGAAAGAGGACUCAUGCACAAAAGGAAAAUAACUAUAAAAUGUGUGCGCAAUUUUUUGAAGUGUUGGAAUUGGCUAGUGGAGCCGGAAGUGAAGGAAUUAGAAUUAAGAGGGGAGAAGCGGCGGAAAUGAUUGUAGAGGCGUGGAAGGCGGGAGUUUUUGGUAUGUGGAGUGAGGGGAGAGAGGAGGUGAGGGGUGAGAUGAUAAAGGGAAUGAGUGAGGCACUCGAGGGCGAAAGAAAUGAGAGUGUUAAGGUUGUUUUUGGGAGGGUGAAGAAGUUGUUGGAGGAGUAG